AUGCCAGUCACUCUUAGCUCGCACCACAGAUGGCAAGCGCCUCAUCAGCACAUUCCGAACAUCCUGUCUUUCGCAGAUGCCACAGUCAACAGUGGACCAACGUUGGUGCAGCGCUCAGCUGAGUCCUCGGCGACGUCGACCUGCAAGGCUGGAGACAACUCAGGAACAUGUCAGAAGCCGACAACUGCUGGCAACACAACCAGUAUCAUCAUUGGUGUCGCCGUAGCUGUGCCUGUGGUUGUUGCCGCUCUCGUUCUCUUCCUCCUGCACAGACGUGUCAAGCGAAAGCAUGCACAAGAAGACCGCGAUGACAAGUACAAGUCCCUCGAUUUCGGCUUGGACAAUGUCUCUUCGGGCAGAGGGCACAAGGUGCCUGAAAUGACCAUCACCGACAUGGAGACGUCGACCAAGAACAUCAUGCACAACAAGGGACUUUCGCUCGACAUGAACACUCCAUACCUGCUGCCUGCUGCUGUCAACAGCUCAUCGUCAUCGCUCCGCUCAAUGUCUCGCUCAAUCUCAGACGGCGAGGACCCUUACCGCCCUGUGACAAUGACUAGAACCAUCUCCAACGACAUCCCCGACCGCUCCUCUUCGCGCCCCAAGCCUGGCAAUGCUUCCGUCUACACUGAUUACAGCGAACCCUCGGAGAAUCUCGAUGCCGGACUUCUAUCCAACGCACAACGCAUGUCCCGCUCUAACCCCUUCGAGGACCACUCUCCUGAUAGCAUCCACUCGCCAGACUACCCGGCUGCUGCCCCUGCUCCUCCGCCGCCGGCCCAUGUGAACAACUCUUUUGCUGCAUCUGCUGCUCCUCGCAGCAAGCCUGCUCCCCCAAAGCUCACCAUGCCCGACCCUGACGUCUUCCACGUCACUCCACCUUCGCCACCGGAACACACACACGCUCCCGCACCCCCUGCUCAUGUUACUCCUCCCGCUCCUCCAGCUCACCAACAGGAUCUCGCUGCUGCUCGUUAUCCUGCUGAUGAUCAUGCUCAAGACGCUUUGUACGCUGCCGCUCCUGAUGCACGCCGUGUAUCUGUCAUGGGUCUUCGUCCUCUUCCUCCGGAUCAUCCUGAUGACAACCCUGAACAGCGCGCCAACCGUAUCCGUUCUUUCUACAAGGAAUACUUUGACGAGAGCAAGCCCAAUCCCCAAGGACAGUACCAAAAUGAGUACGAAGCCGACAUCUACGCCGACUACUCAGCCUACAUGUAUGAAGCUCCCCAGGCUCCUUUCGCCCAGCCUAUGGCUCGCCGUGCUAUGACUCCUCCUCCCCGUGUGGGUGGUGGCCGUGUCCGCAGCAAUACCUCUUUCGGCUCAACUGGUCACAUCGCCAACCCUGCUUUCCGCCGUCCUCCUCAACAACCCAAGAAGCAGCUGCCUCCACCUAUCGCUCUGCACAACCUGCCCACUCCUUCUGCUCUGACUGACGAUAUGACUUUCACGCCCACCCUCUUUGCCCCUCCUGUCACCUACCGCGAUCGUCAAGCCGGUCGCACCCCCGACAGCCCAUCAAGACCUUACAGUCCUGCAGUUCGUGCCUUUACUCCUCUUGCAACGAGCUUUGACGAUCUCGCAGUCAUCCCCAGCGCACACGCUCUUCGCAAGUCUUCAACUUUCACCGCUCUGGACUUCGCACCCCCGCCUCGCUUCCGCAACGAAGGUACCGCAAGUGACUCUGGCAGUAUCCGCAGCAAUCGUAGUGGCAUCUCCAACGUCCAGCAAAAUGCCAUCCGUGCUGGUGCUUACCGCGUCAGCCGUCUGCCCGGUGACAUGGUUGGCACACAAAGCGACCUCAACGCAGCGCUCAAGCCCGCCUGGGACAUGAACCGCUAA